AUGACAACCAAUACAGCUGCAAAUGUUCUCCUGGCUACCGCCCAAGUUCGUGUCAAGUCCGUGCAUGGAGAAUACAUCACUCUAAGAGCCUUGAUAGAUCAAGGAUCGCAAGUAACAUCUGUAUCCGAAGACGCAGCACAACUACUACAGCUGCCUAAAUUGAAGACAGACGUAAGACUAAGAGGUCUAGGUGAAACCACGGUAGGCGUUGCAAAAUCGAAAGUAUUUUUGGUGAUAAGGCCAAGAUUUUUCAGCGAUACCAAAAUCGAAGCAGAGGCACUAGUUCUACCGAAGUUAGCAUCAGCACAUCCGGAUAACAAUUUCAAAUACAACAUUGAAAGAUGGGGAAACAUAAGUUUAGCGGAUCCCAAAUUUAAUAAGUCUGAAAGGGUCGAUCUGGUAAUUGGGGCGGACCUUUUCCCACAAAUAUUGGAAGAUGGAGUUCGUCACGAUGAGGCGAUUGUGGCACAGAACACAAAGUUAGGAUGGAUUCUAUCGGGAACAAUACAAAUGAAGCCAGCAACGAACAACAUAAGGUCUGCUGCUAAAACAACAAUUGAGCGUUUUUGGGAGAUCGAGGAGAUAGAAGGCGAAGAGACGAUCGCGGAAGAUGAUUUUUGCCUAAAACUUUAUGAGGAAACAACACGAUUAGAUCUUUCGGAAAGAUUUGUAGUACGGCUACCAUUAGUGGAAGACAAAAUUUUGGGAGAAUCGUACAAAAGAGCAAUGGUAAGAUUUUUAAGUCUAGAGAAAAGACGGGAAAGUUGUACAGAAUUGGGAACAGAAUAUAGAAAAACCAUAAAGGAGCUAAUAUCAAUGAAACACAUGGUGAAAGCAGAUCAAAUGAAACAAGGAAAAUAUUACAUGCCGCAUCAAGCAGUAGUACGCGGAAACAGUCUAACUACAAAAGUGAGGGUGGUGUUUGAUGCAUCAUCAAAAACAUCAAACGGGAGAUCGCUGAAUGACAUUCUUCAUACGGGUCCAAAAUUACAAAGAGAUAUAUUCGACAUCAUCACUAAAUGGAGGACAUGGAGAUUUGUUGUAUCAGCCGAUGUGGAAAGAAUAUUUAGGCAAAUAAACAUUGAUGAGGAAGACCAGGAAUAUCAAUAUGUAUUUUGGAGAAACAGCAAGACCGAGCCUGUACAACAAUAUAAAUUAACAACAGUUACAUAUGGCACCGCAUCAGAUCCGUUCUUGGCUGUGAAAUCCUUGAUUGAAAUUGGAAAUAGAUGCAAAAAUCAAAAGAUAGCUGGAAAAACUAAAGAGGAUUUCUAUAUGGACGAUCUGCUAACAGGAGCCAAUUCCAAGGAAGAAUGUCGGGAAGUUCAAAAGCAAAUAGCGCAGGAACUAGAGACUUACGGGUUCCACUUAAGGAAAUGGAUCGCAAAUGACUCUGAAGUUUUAGAUGCUGUGAACAGAAGAGAGGAAAACGAAGUGUUACAUAUACAAGAAGAUGAGUGCCUGAAAACAUUAGGGUUGCAGUGGAACCCAACCAUGGAUUGUUUCACCUUCAAUAUGCAAAUAGGUGAGGAAGAAAAAAUUACUAAGCGAUUAGCAUUGUCGAGUUUGGCAAAGAUUUUCGAUCCGUUGGGUUGGCUAACCCCAGUUACAAUAACAGCUAAGCUGUUCAUUCAGCAUUUAUGGAAGCAGCAAAUGGAGUGGGACUUACCAUUAGAAGAAAGUCUAGGAGUUGAAUGGAGAAAAUUCAAGCAAAAUCUCCACGCUCUGAAAAAUGUGAAAAUACCAAGAUGGUAUCAAAUAAGACCAUCCAGUACAGUACAGCUUCAUGGAUUUGCGGAUGCAUCGGAAAAGGUAGAUUCGCAAAUUUCAAUAGUGGAGCAAAAAGCAGAGUGA